AUGGAAGAAUCACUAUCACUCGAGGAAACUAAUAAGCUCCGAAUAUCACUCGGUCUCAAGCCUCUCAAAGCUGACCCUCCUUCUACAAACACCACUGCCAGUGCCACAGAUACCACUCCCAUUUUCGACAACUCGACCGAGUCUCAAGAUCGUCGUGCUAUCGACAACUGGAAAACCCACCAGUCCGUCCUUGAAGCCGACUCUGCACGCCGUGCACGUGCUGAAGGCAUCAAAAAGGCACGCGAUGCAGCGAAGCGAUUUGUCGUGCUGGAAGGCAAGGGACUUGGGGAGGCGGACGAGAAUGAGGAGGACACGACAACGUGGGUACGGAAGAUGAAGAAGCGUCAAAAGAAGCUAGCAGAGAAGAUGGCGAAAGAAAAGGAGGAAGAACUAGAGAGGUUAGCGAGGGAGACUAAGGACUAUACAGCGGAGGAUUUGAAGGGUGUGAGGGUGGGGCAUGAUUUGGAGGAACUUGUAAUUGGAGAGGAGGGAAUGGUGUUAACAUUAAAGGAUUCAACAAUCGGGGAUGAAGAGGAGGACGGAGACGAGCUUAUUUCUACGACGCUCGCGGAACGCGAGCGCCUCAAGGAGCGGCUGGAGCUCAAAAAGAAAAAACCGGUUUAUAAUCCCCAUGAAGCUGCUAAUGGAGAAACAUCUAUACUUGCCCAAUAUGACGAGGAGAUAGACGGCAAGAAGAAGAAGAGGUUUGUGCUAGAUGGCAGUGGGAAUACCGAAGACUUGUCCGACGUUCACCGGAAAGAAAUUGCUGAGAAACUCAAGGCAAAACCAAUUACCUUAGAUAUACCGAAACCAGAGAUUAUGCCGGAUUAUGCGGACCCAGCUACCAUAAAGAUCAGGAAACCAAAGAAGAAGAAGAGCACAAGAAAGAAGUCCGGCGAUGUUGAGGAUUCACUUGCACCCCCACCAACAAUUAAAGAGGAGGAAUCAGAGGCGGAUGGGGAAACUAUGGAGGUUGAUAACAAACCAAACCACAAACCGAAGAGAACUUAUGAAGACGUUUCCUUCAUCGACGAUGACGAUCUACAAAGUUCACUUGCUAUGCAACGUAAAAUGGUAUUGAAGAAACGUAAGAUUUUAAAACCCGACGAUUUAGCACGUCAACUACGUGAAGAGAGUAAUAUAGAAGAUACUCAAAUGAAAGGUGAAGACGAUGAUGGGGUUGGUCUCGUCAUUGAUGAGACGACUGAGUUUGUGGCGGCACUCAGGGCGCCUGUUAUUCCGGAACGGAGGAAAUCCAGAUCUGCCCCUCUUACUACUCCUGCAGCUAGUGCUAUGGAAAAUUCUCCAGAGCCUGAAGGGCAUGAUGGAGAUAUCAAGAUGGAAGAUGGAGAGGAGGAUCAAAAAGAUCUAGGUUUAAUUGCCCCAGCACCGCCGGAGAUCUCAAGUACUGGUCUGGACGAGGAGAUGACCAUCUCUCGUGGCGUGGGUGCAACACUAGCCAUGCUCAAUCAACGCGGUCUACUUAAACGGGACGAGGAGGCGGAUAACAAAAUCAAUCUCCUCCGUGAUCGUGAAAAGUUCCGCAUCGAAAAGAAGAUACGUGAACUUGAAGCAGAAGAGAAGGCUAAGCAGCAAAGACUCCGUGAUAGACAAAGCGGGAAGUUUGAUCGCAUGUCUGCCAGAGAGAGGGAGGAGCAUGCUAGGUGGGAGAAUAGACAGAGGGAUCUACAGGAAGCAAGGGAAAUGGCGCAAAGGUUUAAGGAGUAUAAACCGGAUGUUAACUUAAGCUAUAAGGACGAGUUUGGGCGAGACAUGACUCAGAAAGAGGCAUUCAAACAUCUAUCGCAUCAAUUCCAUGGUAAGGGCUCUGGAAAAGCAAAAACCGAGAAGAGGCUCAAGAAAAUUGAAGACGAGAAAAAGAGGGAAGCAGCUUCAAGCCUUAAUAGCACUUCAGCGACGGCAGUCCAGUCGGCUGCGAAAAAGAGCAAGCAGGCUGGAGUGAGAUUAAUGUAG